GUGUCGGUAUUCCUAAUCUUUUUGAAAAUGUCAUCUCCAUCACAGAACCAAGGAACUAAAAUGGCAUGGCUAAAAGAAGUUGCUGUUGCAGACUAUUUUAAGAUUGAGGUGAGGCUGAAGGAAGGAAGGAAGCUUCGGAAUCCUGAAAUAAGAACAUACAAAUUUUGUUCUUCAUUUUUCUCUGCAACCAAACAAUCGAACUUGUCUCGAAUCCGGAUCGGAUAUGGGUUUCCUGGUAACGACCUUGAUUUUCGUGGUGAUUGGGAUUAUUGCAUCGCUUUGCACCAGAAUAUGCUGUAACAGAGGGCCAUCUGCUAAUCUAUUGCACCUAACAUUGGUUAUUACAGCAACAGUCUGUUGUUGGAUGAUGUGGGCAAUUGUAUACCUUGCGCAAAUGAAACCACUUAUCGUCCCCAUUCUGAGUGAAGGGGAGUAAAGCCCCAUCACAGUUUGUCAGUGAAACUGUCAACAUGGAUUGUGGAUUUGAUUGCAGAAGAAUAGUUUGCGUGGAUCAUUCUGUUAGCUUCUCAUGUUAGUUGUUUAGUCGUGUAUGUAAUCCUUAUUGGAUCAUGAAACCUUGUGGUGGUUUGCCAUUGGUGCUUGACCACAUCUUCAUUCAUUUUCAUAAGAGUUGGCAAUGUUCUAUCACACAUUAUAUAAUUUUGAUAAAAUAAUUGUUUGGAA